AUGGCGUGCAUAACGGUUAAGGGGCUGGAUGCACGGCCUUUGCCUGAGGUGUGUUCCAGGGAUCUGACGACAGUGGAGGUGAUGACAACUGGCAGUGCUGGAGGCACCAGGAGGCUCAUCAUUUGCUCGGCCUACUUUCCGCACGGAGAAGGGAUGCCGCCAUCGGAACUCUUCAGGCUGGUAGACCUCUGCCAGAGGGAAGGACUGCCAUUGCUGAUGGGAUGUGAUGCCAAUGCGCACCAUACUAUAUGGGGGAAUACCGACACGAAUGAAAGGGGAAGAAAGUUGCUGGAGUACCUGGUAACUACUGACCUGGUUUUGAACAGAGGUAAUAAACCCACCUUUUGCGUGGCAGGGAGAAGUGAGGUGUUAGGCCUCACUCUCUGCUCACGUGAAUCCGUGCGAGAGGUGAGGGAAUGGAAGGUGUCGGAUGAGCCCUCGCUCUCCGACCACAGGCUAAUAACCUUUAGACUUUCAGAUCUCAAAGUGGAGGUCAAGAAGGUGACGAAUCCAAAGAGGACCGACUGGGACUCCUGUCAGAGGAACCUGGGAAGAAAUCUCAGGGAUUUUCCCAAGAGGACAGUUACCAGCAAUAGGGAAACUCCCUGGUGGAACCCACGACUGCAGAAUCUCAACGUUCGAAGAGCCUGGAAUAAAGCGAGGUACACGGGCCGACCCUCCGACUGGGAUCUUUACAGGAAAACCCAGAAGGAUUACAGAGAUUCUGUGGUGGAGGCGAAGAAGAAGAGCUGGAGGGAUUUCUAUGAGUCGGUGGAGGGAAUACCGGCUACCGCCAGGCUUUUCAGGUUCCUAUCCACGAACCCGGAGACAGCGUUGGAAGCAGUUCGAAUGUCGGACGGCAUCAUGGCAUCCGGGGAGAGAUGCCUGGUGCAGCUUCUGGAGACCAACUUUCCUGGUUUCCAGAAGGGUGUGGAUAGGUGCUGGGAAGUUGACGUGAGCCCCUUUGGGGCAUGUGCCAACGACUGGAAAUUAGCGGCCGAAAUUGUGAGGUCAAGCAAAGUCAGAUGGGCGAUUGGCUCUAUCCAACCAUUCAAGUCGGUGGGGCCCGAUAUUGUGUUUCCGGCUCUCCUUCAGAGAGGGCUGGAGCAAGUGAUUGAGCCCCUCACAAUGGUGCUGGGAGCCUGUCUGGCCCUUGGGUACACCCGCCAGGCGUUGAGAAAGGCGCAAGUCGUCUUUAUCCCCAAGACAUUAGAAAAGCUGGUCGACGUAUACAUCAGGGAUUGUGUGCUGGCUCGGUAUCCGUUGCACGCCGAGCAGCAUGCCUAUCGGGCUGGCCACUCGAGAAUACCGGCUCUCCACUCGGUUAUCUAUAAAAUUGAAAAGCAGUUCCAGCAAGGAGGCUUUUUGGUAGGCACUUUCCUGGAUUUUGAGGAGGCCUUCAACAACACCCCACAUGAGGUAGUGUGUGCCGAGGCAGCAAAGCGGGGCGUACCGAUGAAUCUCGUGAAGUGGAUCCUGGGAAUGCUUAGACGUCAAGUGACGACAUCUCUGCGUACGCUGAGUGUAGAAGGAUGGGUGAGGAGAGGCUGUCCCCAAGGGGGGGUCCUCUCAACAUUCCCGUGGUGCUUAGUAGCGGAUAGGUUGCUUGAAGAGCUUAAUGGCAAAGGCUUCAAGACAAUCGGCUGCACCUGGAGGCGGUGUGUAGGAAGGCCUGUACAUACUUCUGGCUGUACAGAAGAACCUUUGGGCAAACCUGGGGCUUCAGCCGGACAGGGUGUUUUGGCUAUACUCAGCGGUGCUUCGGCCAAGAUUGCUCUAUGCUGCUGUGGUCUGGCGGCCAAGGACACAGUUGGCGGAGACUCGAGCAUCGCUGGAACGCGUCAGGGCUCUUAUUCUAAGAGGGGCUCUGGGAGCAAUGAGGACAAUGCCGGUGGCACCAAUGGGAGGGCUGCUUGGCAUCGAACCAAUCCAUCUUGCGAUAGUGGCGGCAGCGGCGACCACUGCGUAUAG